CUGGUUUUCUCUUGCAGCCCGUGCCCUCGUGAGGCUGGCAUGCAGGAUGGCAGGACAGCCCAGCCACCUGCCCCACGGAGGGAGCCCGAACAACCUCUGCCACACCCCGGGGCCCGCGCACCCUCCUGACCCACAGAGGCACCCGAAUGCCCUGUCUUUUCGCUGCUCGCUGGCAGACUUCCAGAUCGAGAAGAAGAUCGGCCGAGGGCAGUUCAGCGAGGUGUACAAGGCCACCUGCCUGCUGGACAGGAAGACGGUGGCUCUGAAGAAGGUGCAGAUAUUCGAGAUGAUGGACGCCAAGGCCAGGCAGGACUGCGUCAAGGAGAUCGGCCUCCUGAAGCAACUGAACCAUCCAAACAUCAUCAAGUAUUUGGACUCAUUUAUUGAGGACAACGAGCUGAACAUUGUGCUGGAGCUCGCUGAUGCAGGCGACCUCUCGCAGAUGAUCAAGUACUUCAAGAAGCAGAAGCGGCUCAUCCCCGAGAGGACGGUGUGGAAGUACUUCGUGCAGCUGUGCAGCGCUGUGGAGCACAUGCACUCCCGCCGGGUGAUGCACCGAGACAUCAAGCCUGCCAACGUGUUCAUCACAGCCACGGGCGUCGUGAAGCUCGGGGACCUGGGCCUGGGCCGCUUCUUCAGCUCCGAGACCACCGCAGCCCACUCGCUAGUGGGGACACCGUACUACAUGUCACCGGAGAGGAUCCAUGAGAACGGCUACAACUUCAAGUCCGACAUCUGGUCUCUGGGCUGUUUGCUCUACGAGAUGGCAGCUCUCCAGAGCCCCUUCUAUGGAGACAAAAUGAACCUCUUCUCCCUCUGCCAGAAGAUCGAACAGUGUGACUACCCGCCGCUGCCGGGAGAGCAUUACUCUGAGAAGCUACGAGAACUGGUCAGUAUGUGCAUCUACCCCGACCCCACCCAGAGACCCGACAUUGGCUACGUGCACCAGGUCGCUAAGCAGAUGCACGUGUGGACUUCCAGCGCUUGAGCAGACGCAGUGUGCCUUGUCGGAGCCAGCACCACUCUGCCUUACUUGGGUCUUCUCUCCAAUGUGGCCACCUGGUAGCCUAGACCGGCAAAGAUGAGACAUCAGCAGGCUCCCCAGGGGCCGGCUUCACAGCAGACGCUGGAUGCAGGGCGGCCUGGGGGUGGGGUGGGGGAGGGGCGCUGGUCACAUCACUGGUGGUCCAAUUCAAAGUCCUUUCUUUAAACUGUUGUGGACAAUCUCAGCUGGGUUGUUAACGAGGGUGUGGAGUUCAGUGUGCCGGUGACGCACCCCUGUAAUGUGAAUCGUUAGGGUAAUUCCUUCAGUGACUGGUCAAGGUUGAUACUAACAGAAUUGCAGGAGACUGGGAUUUGUAGUGAGCCUUUGAAAAUGCCUAGUAGUAAGUUCCGGUUAGCUCUUAGAAUCUUUUCAAUUAAGCUCUGUGCUUAAUUUACUCUGUCGUAAAGGGAUAAAG